CAUUGCAAAAGAGAGAGAGAGAGAGAUCAUGAGGGGCAUUCAUGGAUGGUUCAUUGGGGUUCUUGCAGUACAACAUUUAGCAGUUUUAUGUGCUUCAAGGGAUUUUGAUUUCUUCUAUUUUGUUCAACAGUGGCCAGGGUCCUACUGUGAUACAAGGAGAGGUUGUUGCUACCCCAAAACCGGAAAGCCAGCAGCUGAUUUUAGCAUUCAUGGCCUUUGGCCCAAUUACAACGACGGAUCGUACCCAUCAAACUGUGAUUCCCAGCAGAACCCGUUUGAUCCAUCGGAGAUAACAGACUUAACCGACAGAAUGCAGAGGAGUUGGCCAUCACUUGCCUGUCCGAACAAUGAUAUGCUCAAGUUCUGGUCUCAUGAAUGGAAUAAGCAUGGAACCUGUUCAGAGUCUGUCCUUGACCAACAUGGAUACUUCGAAACAGCUCUCAACCUUAAGAAAAAAGUGGACCUCCUCCAAAUCCUCGCUGAAGCAGGAAUCAACCCGGACGGGAAUUUUUACAAUUUGCGUGAUAUCAAGGUAGCCAUAAGCGAAGCAACUGGAUAUACUCCUGGAAUAGAGUGCAAUGUGGACGGGUCGGGUAACAGUCAGCUUUACCAGGUCUACUUGUGUGUGGACAAAUCUGGGCCUGACCUCAUCAAGUGCCCUGUGUAUCCUAGGAGCAGGUGCGAUUCGACUAUUGAAUUCCCUUCUUUCACUGGACAUGAUCAUGAUCAUGCAAGGGCGCCCUCUACUGCUCCCUCUACACACACUGAACUGUGACUUUAUUUUAUCAUUUUGUCUGUUAAAUAAAAUAUCUAGUAGAGUUUGUUCUUCCUAUAUUAACCAUUAAACUAUUAAUGAAACUAGCUUGUUUACGUUUAUGCGACAA